AUGGAUUUAAACAAACUAUUCGCGUCGUUGCUUUCAAGUAGCAAAUAUCCCGUAGACCGUUCUUAUCAUAUUUCAAGUGGGAAUAAGGAAAUUGAUAGGGUAAUCAACGAAAUUCAGUGUAAAUACAUGGCAAAGUACCAAAACCAAUGGUCUUCGAGUUUCUAUAGAAACAGGAAUAUGGUGAUUUGCCCAAGGAUACGAUGUGAAAAAUACUUUCAAUGGUUUCCUUACGAGGAGUUGAAAUUCAUAAAUGAGAUAGGAAAAGGGGGUUUUGGUACGGUUUACCAUGUCUUGAAUAAUGAUUCCUUUGACUAUGCGUUGAAAUCACUAAAGGGAUCUAGAAAAUCAAGUAAAGGCUUUGUCGAGAGUGUAAACAAGAAAUCGAUAAUUCUUGGAAUCGCCUAUGGAGUGAAAGCUAUACACGACGAAGACAAGGAAACUGGUGAUCAUCAAACGUACAUUAGUGAUCUAGGGGUGUGUAAUCCGGUAGACGAGAGGCAUACGCGUAAACUAUAUGGUGUUUUACCAUUUGUAGCACCUGAAGUACUUAAAGGUUCUGAGUACACCAAAGAGUCCGACAUAUAUAGCUUAGCUAUGCUAAUUUGGACCGUGAUCAUGGGAAGAAAACCUUAUUCUGAUUGCUCACAUGAUAUUUACCUGACUUUGGAGAUCUGCUCGGGACUACGACCAGAAAUCCCUGAAGGUACACCAUACGCGCUUACCGAUUUGAUUAUGCAAUGCUGGGAUUCAGAUCCAACGAAACGACCUAACAUUCACGAGAUCAUAUUGAUACUGAAUUGGGUUCCAUUCUCAGAAGGAGGUUUCAUUGGAUCUGGAGUUGAUUCAAUUCCGCAGCAUCAAGAGGCUAUUUAUACAAGUCACCUUUUGUAUUCUUAUGACGAGGGUAGCGAGUUCGGAGAGUUAAUAGAGGAAUACGUGAGAAAAUCAAGAGAAAAAGAAAUUGAAGAGGAUCCUGAAGAUUUUGUGGAGAUCGUCAAUUUGAAUGGAUUUGUCGAAGGAAAGACCGUACCUAGAAUUUAA